AUGUUCCAGCAGCAAUUCACCAUUGGCCAUGGCUCAUAUGAGCGAUGUCAGACCUUGAAUCUGCCGAGUGUCAAAAGCAUGCAAGAACUCAGAUCCGGGAUUGCGCGCAUUUUUUCAGUCUCUGAUUCCGAUUCUAUUUGUUUUUAUAAUCGAAAAGAGAUUCUCACUUCUCUUGAUGAAGUUAAGAGGAGUGAUGGUCCAGUGCAGGUCAGAGUGAAUGACGAAGUCGUCAGAGAGCCGUUGGGACCAGAGCCAUUACCAUACGUUGGCAACCGCUACGAACUCUAUCCGGAUCCACUUGGGAACUAUGAUCGCCUCUUUGACCGGUAUGGACCUGUUAUCAAAACGAUCAAUAUGGGCACGGUAACAUACCUCACCAAUGAUCCCAAUGUCUCUCGCGAAGUUCUCCGCGAAGGGGAAUACUUCACCAAAACUACAUCAGAUCCGGGCCAUCCUCUGUACUACAUGCGAAAUAACGAGGCGCUCUUUACUUGCGACAGCGAUGCUCCAGCAUUCAAAUUAGCGCACAAGUACAUACCGCCCAGCUUAACGCCGAAGGCAGUCCGCCACUACACACCAACUGUUUUAGCUUGCGUCGAGAGGUCAUUCAAUGUUUUUGAUGAGCUCGAUGAAAAGGAGCUCGCAUUCAAUGUUUAUCAUUACACAUUCAAGAUGGCUGGAGAGAUCAUCUGGAAGGUCAUUCUUGGCAUGGACUUAGGUCACUUUGACUCGAUUGACACAAAGCCCCAUGAAACUAUUCGGCUUCUGGGCGAGUAUCUUUCGCUCAUGAAGAAAACCUCUUUGCGCGGAAGUUGGUAUGGAUACCUGCCAUUCGGGACGCCAAAGAGACUCAAGCUAGUGAGACAACUCUUGUGGGAGGGCGUUGCCAAAGGCAUUGAGGAUUCAGUCACGUCCAGCGCAGACCUGCCGAUGAAAGACGCUGCACUACACGCUACCAGCGUCGCUGACUACCUUCGUCGGGCCACCGACGAGAAGGGAAAAAAGUUGCCCAAAGAGAUCAUGCUGAGUAACUGCGUCAUCAUGAUUGGAGCUGGCUUUGUAACAACCUCUUCCCUCCUGGCCUGGCUUAUCUACGCUUUGGUCAAAUAUCCCGGAAAUCAGCAGCGUCUGCUCGAAGAACUUGUCAACUACGGAGCUUCUCCUAGCAAAGAGUGGAGCUAUGAUGAGCUGACCGAAAUGCCGUUCCUCGACAAAUUUGUGAAGGAGACACAGCGGAUGCACAAUCCGUCGUUCCAAACAGCGAGAAACGCAAAGCAAGAUGUCGUACUUCCAGGCGGGUACUUCCUACCCAAGGGCUCCGUCAUCAUUCCAACUUUUCCUUCAUUACACAAGAAUCCAGUGCACUGGGAUAAUCCAACGCGUUUUGAUCCGGAUCGAUGGGACACUAAGGAGGUGAAGGGCCGGCACAAGAUGUCUUACACUCCAUUCGCGGCAGGGAGCAGGGGGUGUGUGGGGUACAACCUCGCUCUUCUUGAGGUGAAGAGUGUCAUGGCAAAGUUGGUUUACCGCUAUCACUUUGAAGAUGCGUCUACUGAAGCCGUGGUGUACGAUCCUGAGUUCAUUGUCAUUAGGCCAUUGAACUUUUAUGCUAGGGCAGUGCGGAGAACACAGUGGCCCGCGAGUCAGGGGGCAUGA